AUGGGUUCCAAACACGAUGAGGACGAGCUCCUGUUCGAAGCUUCGCAGAGCUAUCGGGAGGCCAUGGGUCGCAGUGGUGCUGAGAAGCCAGCGGACUCUGCGUCACAGUCUGAGCCUGGAGCUGCAUCCGCUCCGAGCGCCGAGCCAUCACCAUAUGAUGUCAGCAGCUUUUUUCAGCGCGUGACCUUCUCGUAUGUUUCACCUCUUCUGCAGAUUGGAGCCAAGCGGGAGCUGGCCUUUGAUGACUUACCUGCGCUGGCUAAGCGGGAUGCUUCCGAGCGCAUUGUGAAGGGUUUACUACACCACUGGCGCCAGCUCCAGGCCGAGACAGGUCAUCCAACCCUCCUGCGCGCUGCAGCUCGCUUCUACCGCAAGGAGAUCUGGUGGGGGGUCUGGUACACUCUGUGCGAGAGCGCUUUUGCUCUGAUUCAGCCAGUACUCGUAUUCUGGUUUGUGCAAUGGCUUGAAGGGAACACCGAUUACGGCAACGACUACGGCUGGGGCAUUGUAAUUGCCCUGGCUACGGCCAGCUUUAUGCAAGCCAUCACCCAUCACCUGCUUUACUUUGAAACUAUGCGCCUGGGUUGGAAUAUGCGCAUUGGCAUGACCGGGCUCGUGCAUCAUCAUCUCCUCCAGCUCAAGCUCUCUGACAUUCCAAAGUUUGGCCUUGGUGCCGUGACCAACCUCAUUAGCACUGACGUGCUGCGUUUCGAUCAAGCCGCCACCUCCAUGCACUUUGGCUGGUCUGCCCCCAUCGAAGUCGUCGUUGUCUGUGUUCUUGUCAUUACUGAGGUGGGCUGGGGUGCUGGCUUCGCCGGCAUUGGCGUGGUUCUAUUAGCCAUGGCCGUUUUGACGUUCUUCUCCAAGCGAUUUGCCACCCGCCGUCGUAAAACUGCGGCCUUUACGGACGAACGCGUCAAGAGCACACAGGAGGUGUUGAACGGCAUUGGCACGGUCAAGGCAUAUACCUGGGAGCAAGCGUUUGGCGAACGAAUCAACGGUCUUCGCAAGUUGGAGGCACGUUCAAUUCUCAAGGCGCAGCGCAUGAAAGCUAUCAACUCCACCAUCCCACUGCCUUUUGCGCUCGGAUAUGCCAACAGAUUCAUGGAAUCCGUUCCGGAGUGCUUCGUUGCACUUCGUCGCAUUGAGCAGUUUCUGGCCGUGGGGGACAAUACAGCUCCUGUCGACAUGACUGCGUCUGCAUCACCGCCGCAGAGUGCUGUUCCAGCCGAUGAGGCAACUGAAACUACUGAUCUGUCUGCAGCAGGCACGGCCUUUGACUUUCGUGAUGCCAAACUUGGUCACGGUCCAUCUGACAAUCCGACCUUUGUGCUGGAGAUUGGCAACCUGCAAGUCCGUGCGAGCGAACUGGUUGGCAUUGCCGGCCGUGUCGGAGAGGGUAAAACCACCUUCCUUGAAGGCAUACUCGGCGAGGUUCACUGCAUUGCUGGCUCCAUUCAUCAUUGCGGUCAUCAACUGGCCUACGCGGGCCAAUCCCCCUGGAUCUUUGCGGGCUCGCUGCGCGACAAUAUCCUCUUUGACACGCCAUUUGAAGCAGCGCGGUAUGCAUCGGUGCUUGAAGCAUGUGCCCUUGUUGCAGAUAUUGCGGCUCUCCCCAAUGGUGAGGACACGGAGAUUGGCGAGAAGGGCGUCAACCUGAGCGGUGGCCAAAAGGCUCGUGUGGCUCUGGCUCGGGCCUGCUACUCGCAGGCCCCAGUGGUGUUGCUAGACGACCCCCUGUCGGCCGUGGAUGCACACGUGGCCGAACAUCUUUUUGCACAAGCUAUUGCCACCUUCUUGCAGGGCCGCACUGUGUUGCUUGUAACCCACCACCCACACUUUGUGGCUCGCUGCGACCGUGCCCUCUUGAUCGAGGAUCACACCGUCCGCGAGGUACCGGUUGCCGACUUUGCCAACGUGGCCUCCACCCUUACUGUCACAUCGGGCUUGUUGGCCAACAUCAAGGCAAGCCCGCCUGCCGACCCCGGCACGCCGAGUGAUGAUACAAGCAUCAGCUCGGAUGAAGGCGAGGCUGGUCAGAGCGCGGCAAUCGCCACGGCAAAGAGCACCACCAACACGGCAGCUGGUGCCGACAAGUCAAAAAGUCCCCACCAGCUCGUGUUGGCGGAGGACCGCAAGUCUGGCGACGUUGGUUCGGGCACCUACUGGGCAUAUAUGAAAGCCGGUGGCCUCCUGCUCGUGUUGCCGUCCCUCAUGGGUUUUCUGUUCAUGCAAGGCGGCCUCAUGGUGUCGGAUUGGUGGUUGCAGCGCUGGGCUCAGCAAUCGGCCGAGGACCAAGACCGUGACAGCAACCUGCACAUUUACUUGGGCCUCUCCUUGGGAACCACUGCUCUCGCCCUGUGCAACGGCAUGCUCUUUUUCUCCGCCAUCAAUCGGGCCAACAGUUCUCUUCACGAGCAGGCGCUGGCACGCGUCAUCGGCUGCCCCAUGCAUUUCUUCACCGCCAACCCGUUGGGUCGCAUCAUCAAUCGCUUUGCCAGUGACUUGGGCCAGGUCGACGAGCUGCUACCAAUCAUUGUUUACGAUACCCUCAUGUUGGCGGCACAGGCCUUUGGCUCCAUCGUGGUCGUGUGCAUUGCCUUGCCAUGGCUCAUCAUUGGCGUUCCAUUUGUGGUCUGGUAUCUUGCUCAUGUUCGAGCGUACGUAACCAAGAGCCUGCGUGCCCUCAAGCGUUUAGAAGGCGUGACCAAGUCACCCGUUUAUGCCAUGUUCUCUGCCAACCUGGCUGGCCUCAACUACAUUCGCAGUUUCCGUGCACAUGAAGGCUGUGAGGAGCGUUACCUGGCACGCUUAGAUGAGACGGCCGCCUGCUGGUUUUGGUGGCUAUUGGGGAACCGAUACAUUGGUUUUCGCUUGGACAUGCUUAGCACCUGCGUCGUCACAGCCACAGCCAUUGUGGGUAUCCUCUUGCGUGACACGGUUGACCCUGGCCUCCUGGGUCUGGCUUUAGUCUAUGCUGUGGCCCUUUCCGGUCUAUUUCAGUUUAUGGUCCGCCUGUCGGCUCAAGUGGAGACUUACAUGACUUCAGUGGAACGCAUUCUGCACUACGCACGACAUUUGACAACCGAGUCGGACGAGGAGGCUGUUGCAGCUCAGGGCCGCGCCCUGCCAGACGUCGGCCCGGCUUGGCCAGACGCGGGCAUGCUGGAGCUUCAUGACCUGAGCGUGCGAUACCGCGACGACCUGCCAGACGUUUUACACAGCCUCUCAUUGACAAUGGAGCCUGGCUCCAAAAUCGGGGUGAUGGGGCGUACGGGCUCUGGUAAAUCGUCACUGAUUCAAGCGCUGCUGCGACUGAACGUCAUCUCCAAGGGAUCGAUCAUCAUUGAUGGAUUGGAUACUCAAAAUGUUCCCCUCUCGCGCCUGCGCCAAGGCUUUGCAUUCAUUCCACAAACCCCCGAUCUCUUUGCGGGCUCGGUGCGCUUCAAUUUGGACCCCAAGGGUGCCUUCUCAGAGCAUGAAUGCGCUGAUGUAUUGAAACAAGCGCACCUUGGGAACCUCACUUUGGAUAGCCAGGUGGAUCAUCAAGGGCAAAAUUUGUCAACAGGGCAGCGCCAACUCCUGAGCCUCGCGCGCGCCAUGCUACAUCGCCGCCGUAUCGUCAUCCUUGAUGAAGCCUCGGCGAACAUUGAUUACGACACCGACGAGCUGAUUCAGCGCUACUUGCGUGAGUCAGACUAUUUCAAAGGUUGCACCAUCAUAGUCAUUGCGCAUCGUCUCAAGACAAUUGAGGAUGCCGAUACCAUCAUUUGCCUCAAGGGUGGGCAUUUGGAGCGUUUGGAGCAACACAAGUCAGGAUCAAGUCAAGAGCCAGGAGUCAGCCAGUAG